CGAUUUUCGUGACGUAUCGCGAAGAAGAAGUGUCCGUGGAAUAUCCCUCGUCGAUCGGGUACGACCGGUGGACACUCAGAAUAAUAAAACGCAUCGGAUCCUCCACGAAAGGGAACGACGACGACGACGACGACGAUGCCGACGAAGGCCGAGAAGGACGAGGACGAUCGCGUCCGGUAUCGCGCCGCCAGCCUCCGACGACGUCGUCGACGUCUGCGACAAUCGUGCGAGGGUGGUAAUGGUGGAGGAGGUGCUGGAGGUGGCGAAAGCGAGGAGAUGAUGGACCAUCCGUCCGAGUGCAGCGCCUUGUCGUACGUCCUCGCGCGACAGAUCGACGACAGGCUCGACUACUGCAGGCGCUUGGUCAACGCCAGAUUCGAGAAUUCCGAGAACCUCUACAGGAAGGACCUCCUGUCACACUACGGAUGCGUCAACGCGAUCGAGUUCUCAAACCAGGGCGACCUGCUCGUGUCCGGGGGCGACGAUAGAAGAGUUCUGUUAUGGAGAGUGGAGCAAGCGAUACAGGGUAUGGGCAAACCCAUUGUAAUGAAAGCCCAACAUGCCAGCAAUAUAUUUUGCCUCGGUUAUGACAGCAGUAAGACUAAGAUAUUCUCCGCGGGGAAUGAUGAUCAAGUUAUAGUCCAUGAUUUGCGAACGAGCGAUCCUCUCAGCUACUUUCUACAUGAGAAGCCAGUCUACGGACUGUCCAUUCAUCCGCACAAUGAUGAUGUUUUUGCUAGCGCCUGCGAUGAUGGGAGAGUCUUGAUUUACGACAUACGUAGCAACAGCACUACGGAAACUCUCUGCUUGGCGCAGUAUAAAAGCGCUUUUCACUCUGUCAUGUUUAAUCCUGUGGACUCCAGAAUGCUUGCUACUGCCAAUGCUAAAGAAGGUGUCAGUAUGUGGGAUGUACGAAAACCUUUGGAGCCUGUAUUGUGCUACGGAAGUCCACAACAGAGCUGUAUGAAUGUCAGGUUUAACUCAGUGGGUAACCGAUUGCUGGCCUUACGAAGAAGAUUACCUCCGGUUCUUUAUGCGGUCGAUUCUCCCACGUAUUUGUGCGAAUUCGAUCAUCCGGGAUAUUACAAUAGUUGUACUAUGAAGUCGUGCUGUUUUGCUGGCGAAAACGACGAAUACGUUUUAUCAGGUUCGGACGAUUUUAAUUUGUAUAUGUGGAAAAUUCCCCCAAUGGAUGGCAAACCAUGGGUAGAAUCCGCUCAUAUGGUGUUGCGUGGCCAUAGAUCGAUCGUCAAUCAAGUCCGAUACAAUCAAGCGAGUUGCAUCUUUGCGUCGUCCGGCGUCGAGAAGAUCAUAAAGAUCUGGAGCCCGUUCCCGCUCGGAACCGGGUGUCUGGGUGGAUUGAAGAGAGAUGCUGGUAAGCGGGAGAGACAACGCCGAGUGUUCACGCACGAUGAAUAUAUAGGGCUGGUUUUACGCAGCGGGCAGUUUAUGACGCACGAUUAUAGCCACCAAUCGACUAAGGAGGAUCCGCGAAUGAUGGCCUUCUUCGAUUCUCUUGUACAGCGCGAGAUUGAAGGCUGGAGUUCCGAGGAUAUGCCAACGCCGCAUACCCCCAGCGAUUCCGAGAUCAAUCCGGCAACGGGCGAGCCGUACAGCGCGACAGAUUUCGAUGAUACCACAGCAUCAGAAGGCGGCGUAGCUCCCGAACGGCCGUUAGAAUCGCCGAAUCGCAUAACUCGGCUUAUCGCGAAUCGCAGGGAGAAGCUCAUGCGAAUGGCUGCGCUGGAGCGAUCCGCCUCGGAUACCGGUAGCGAAGGAGACAAUGUUCACGCGAGACGUAGAUCCAAAUCGAAAUCGAAAUCGAAGGGCGUGAAAAGGAAAAUUACUAAAUUACCCGCCGGCAGAAGAAGAAUAUCCGCCAGGAGAAAGUGUACUGUGUUAAAGGUCAAUAGUGAUUCAGACAGUGACGAUGAGCGACCGAUCGAUGCGGCUCAACCUAGCACCAGUUCUGGCGUGAUUUCCCGAAGAUCAUCACGAUACGUUGAUCGCGUUGCCAACGCGAUCGAGAAAGACAAGCGUUUGAAUUACAGUAGUAGCAGCAGCAAUAGUAGCAGCAACAGCAGCAGCAGCAGUAGUUCCGAGGAUAAUAACGCCCUCGGAACAAAACGAAAACAUUCUAAAACUGACUCGGAUGCGUCCACGAAAGCGCAAAGACGAAAGCAUCGUAAGUGCAAAAACAGCGCACAUGAGAAUUGUUCUGGUAAGAGCCAAAGUAAACGGCAGAAGCUCGAUGACGAAUCGGAGGGGGAAAGGACCGCUACCGGUUCGAAGAAUCGCAUGAAUGGUAAUGCCGGUAAGGAUGUCCGUCGCGAGGACGGACCAUCGACGCCGAACAACAAAUCGCUUCAGGUUCCUUGCACCCCUGACAGCGGCAUUAAGUCAGGUAUUUCUACCACGGGGGGGAAAAACAGCGAGCAAACGCGUAACGAAGGGAACGACGGAGGUGCGGACGAUACGAGUUCCGAUCACGAGCAAAAACUGAAAAGUUUAGAGUGUUUCCGGAAGAAGGUGGAGGAGUUGACGAGGAGGAGCUACCGCAAUCGAUCGGCGUCCCAGCAGCCCCAAACAGUAGCUUCUACCACGAGCGACUCUUCCGAUUAAGCGCUCUCGUUUUACUACUCUCCUCUCCCGACGCUCUACUCCGAUUUCCCGCAUCACUCUUUCUCCAUUUGUACAUAAUAUAAUCUGUGAUUCCUUGAAAUAUAUUUUUAUAACACUAAGUUUUUGAUCACGCGCGAAUAUGCGAUCAAUUUCUUUGUUUCGAUUUUGUUCUGGAUCCUAUCGUCCGUAUCUUUAAUCCCAUUCGUCGUAAAUGUACAGUAAUUCCUCGUUUCAUUUGGCUUCAGUUCCGAUGAUGAAUCGUCCUUGAGAUCGCUUCUCGAACGACCAAGUCUCGAGCCUUGCGUGAUCAUCUAAUUUCAUUUGACUGACUGAGAUUUAUCUUCGACGCUGAUAAUUAUCCUCUCGAAUUCUCUUAUUCGUUCUUAUGAUCAUUUUAUUUUCAGAAGAUGUCGGAGAAUUUUAUAUGUAAAAAGAAAACAAUUAUUUAUUUAAAUUACUUUAAAUUAUUAAAUUACGCUAUUUUAUUUGAUGCCAGUCCCGCGCAGGUCGCACGAAACGAGGAAAUACUGUAUUGCGUUUUUUUUUACGCAGGUCCUUCAAAAUUUUUAGUAAUACGUUCUAAAUACUGUGCGCAAAUUAUAUUUGCGAUUAUGCGUUCCGACGUGUUCAUAAAUCAAGUCACUGGUAAACGAAAUUUACGUCGUUGUUUGGUACCGCUCCCCGUAUCUCUCGUCCUGCGUAAAUGCCAUUGCGACUGUCAGUGCUUGAUCUAAAUAUCUAGGACAGUCGCCGAUUAUCGCGCGAGGUGAAAACAUUUCGCGGCUCUGGCGAUGUAAUAAAUUGCAUGUGUAAUGGAGGCAGAACUAUAGACGCGAAUUAACAUACACAUCCGCAUUAGCUUUAAAAAACAUUUUGCGAUGACUCGGCUAAUGAUGUAUUGUACUGUUGAUACAUGGUUUGCGCGAUGGAAAGUAAUUAAAAAAAGUAAUAAAUUGAUAUACAUUUUUUUUCCUAUGUGUUGAGAGAUUUGAAGGAAAGAAAAAGAAGAAUUAUUGUAACUGUAUAUUACAUUAUUUAAUCUUGCGCAUUUAUAUACAUCUUUAUUAUAACUGAUUACGAAUAAACGAGAAGAGAAA